AUGUCACUCUCCUUGCUCGACAAUUGCGACUUGUACUCGGCAAUCUCCGAACGGAGGUCUUUCUCGCGGCCCUCUAGCUUGCGGACUUCACCCGUCUUGGUUGCCAGCUCGUCUUUAGUGCUUCGCAGCUCGGCGACUUCUUUGCGCAGAGAUGUUAGCUCAGGCUGUGCCUUUUGCAACACCUCUCGCAUCUCCGUCAGAUCCUUGAAGCGAGAUGCAGCAAGCUUCUCCGCAACCGAUAGAUCUGUUUGCAGUGAUUCAGCCCUGGCCUUGAGCUCCGCAAACUCGGCAGUCAGCGCUUCUCGUUCCUGCUGUGACGAUUCUUGA